ACGGGAUAUCGCUACGUGUGGCCAAUGUAGACAUUAAAAAACACCACCGUUUGACAAUGGUACCUCAUGUUACUUCUUGGAAAGUGCGAUCAUAAGACGACGUACCCAUACGUGAUGUGCCAAUUGAUAACCAUCGUGGCGUACGAAGUGACUCUUGUAAUCCAAGCAGCCACUGUAUUUGCAGCAGUCGUGAGUUCUAUCGCUAAAGACGUAAUCGUUUUGACUAAACCGUUUGGAAAGAUUUCUCGUAUUUUUCAUCGAACAAUCUCACGUUUAUGCUCUACUCAGCUCGACAAAUUACAAUGUCAAAAUAUUCGACUCUAGUUCACCGCUGACGCUAUUUAGUUACGCGGUGCGUUUAGUUCGCGUAGUCCCACGUUUUGUCUUUCUUUCAUGACGUUAUCGGACAAACAACAGCAGGAAUGAUUGACUCCUGUGAAUAAACGAAUCGUGAUCAAAAAUCAAGUUUGCAUUGCAAUGCGAGAAAUCUGGCAAUGACUAAAACGAAUGCACUGAUUGAAAGAGGAGCUGCAAUAAUGUCGGAGUCUUCCUCCAGUUAGAUCUCUCAGGGACAAAGCGCUAAUUCAUCUUCACAUCUAUUAAUCUCGAACCUCAAGUGACUGUUGUUACAAGCUCAACAAUCCGCUUCGACCACAUUCAAAGACACUGGGUGAUAUUUACAGUGCACUGGCAUUUCACCUGUAGCAAAUGGUCUGAUUUACUUAAAUAGUGAUCAGGCCACUUCAUUUUAUUCAUAAAUACCGAAAGUUUGGUAUUGUAAAAUCUGUUCGCUACUGUAUUGUGAUUCAAGUGUAAGACAACAAUGCAAUACUUAAUCCGUCUUACACCAAGAUGUCGACCACGGUG